AUGGGGCUCAAUCUCCUAAGAAAGAAGCUGCUAGCCGAAGUCCAAGUCCCGAUCAACGUCAAUACGGAGCACUUGGAGGAGAUUUUCGGCAAGUUUGGUGGCGUUGCUGAAGUGACAUUGGAAAAAGAUUCGUCGUUGUCCAAGGGCACUGCAUACAUUCGCUUCCACAAGCGUGAUGACGCUGAGAAUGCGCAGCUGCACAUGCACGAAGGGCAGAUCGAUGUGGUCGGUCGUCGCCUCCUCGACGAGGCCCAUCACCAUUCCGCCGGCGCAGCCGUUCUCCUCGGGGUCGCGGAGGCUCUCCUUUUCGCCGACGAAGCAGGUCCCCGCCACCUCGAUAUGGCGGUGCCCGUGGGGUUCGUGGAGGUCCUUUACGUCGACCAUCGCCGUUCAAUCCGCGUAAUCGGCGCUCACGCUCCCGCUCCUUUUCGCCGCGCCGCCGUUCUCGUUCGCGCUCCCGUUCGCCCCCUCGCGGUCGGGGCGGCCGCAGCCCUCCACGCCGACGUCGGUCGCGUUCGCGCAGCUCAAGUCGUAGCCGCAGUAGCAGCUCUGGACGCAGCCGCAGUCGAAGCCCAAAGCGAAAGGGCUCUCCUUGA